AUGCCCAGCCCUAUACCACACACAUCGACCUCGCACCCUGAAGACCCCAUUCCCGCUGAGCCCAAAGACAUACCCCAGCUCUCAGUGCAGCCGUCGCAAUCACAGCCGGAGCAGACGUCGCCCAAAUCAUCAGCCGAGUCGACGCUGUGGACCAACAGCAGCGAUGACUCCGAGGCCCCGAUGACGCCCAUGACUGAGCCCGACCAGGGCGUCGAGGAGGUAGUCGACAAGCUACAGGCGCUGCCUACCUCGGCUGUCAAUUUCUCGGAGCAGUCGCGACCCCGGCGAGCAUCCACCACUCUCAUCUCAGACAACCCAAACGACAUUCGACGGAUACUGGGUGAGGGCGAGACAGCCACCAAGCUCAUUAGCCAGUGCUGUGGCGGAGGAUGCUGCCUUCUCAAGACACUGGCCCCGGACUCGUCGUCGCCCAAUUUCAUACCUGUCGUCGUCCCCGACAACCAUGCCUUUAGGAGCCUCAAUCUCCAACUAGGUCCUCUCGCCCUCGACAGCGAGCUAACCGAUACGAUUCCGCUGCCUCCAGUCAACAUGUCUUUCGAGCCCCUGCCUUCCAAGGACACAAAAUAUGUCUCAGAGGUGCACAAGAUGCCGCCAAAGUACGUCCAACCACACCCGCCUUACGAGGUCUACUCGGCGCCGCUAUACCACGCACGAGAGUUGACCAAGCCGGGCGCCGAGAAGAGAACAAUUCACUUCGACAUUGAUGUCACCGACUACCCCGACGAGGGAGGCGUCGAUUUCAAGGUUGGUGGUGCCGUCGGCAUCUGCCCGCCCAACUCGCAGGAAAUGGUCGACGAGCUGUUCGAUCUCCUCUGCAUUCCCAAGUUUGUCCGCGACAAGCCAGUCACACUCAAGACCCAGACCGGAAGGUGGCCGACCAUCUGGGGCGAAGACCAAUCCCGCGAGCUUGUCACAACCCGACGCGAACUCUUGACCUGGUGUGCCGACAUCCAGUCACACCCACCGACCAAGAACCUCCUCCGCGUGCUCGCUGAAUAUGCCGACGCCCCGAACGAAAAGAAGAUUUUGACAUAUCUUUGCUCGGCCCAAGGACAAGCAGCCUUCUGCGACUUGCGCACAACUUCUCAUUUCACAGUCUCACAGAUGCUCAGCGCAUUCCCUUCGUCGAAGCCGCCGCUCCCACACCUCCUUUCCGUCCUCACCCAACUCAUGCCUCGAUUCUACUCCCUCUCGAACGAUCCCCAUAUCUCGUCAGCUCGCCCCGGCCUUCCUGGCACCCGUCGCCUGAUCGAGAUGGCCGUUACAAUUCACGAAACACCCGAUUGGCAUGCGGAGGGUGCUACACGUACUGGUGUAGGCAGUGGCUUCAUGGAACGCCUCGCACACUCGUUCAUCUCAACAGAGAGCGAGGGUGUCGAUCUCCGCAGCAUUCUCGACCUUCGCGUACCCAUGUUCCGCGGCCUUAUGGCCAACCCGCUCUCCAAGCAAUUCGGUGGCGAAGGCCCGAUGGUGCUCAUUGGAGCGGGAGUAGGCAUGGCUCCGUUCCGAGGCUUCAUCCUGAAUCGACUCAAGAACGCCAACUGUGCCAACAAGAUCUGGCUCAUCCAAGGAGUCCGAGACUCUAUGCUUGAUGAGCUCUACUCUGGUGAGCUUGGCGAUCACGAGCGCGAAAUCAAGAAGGUUGUGCAGAGCCGAAAGGUGAAGGUUGGAGGCUCCAACGAGGUCAAAUACGUUCAGGACGAGGUCCGCGUACAGGCUGAUAUUGUCUGGUUCGUCAUCAAUGCUCUUGACGGACGCAUCUUUGUCUGUGGCUCUAGUAAGGGCAUGGGUGAGGGUGUUGAAGAGUCUUUGAUUGAUGUGGCCAUGCAAAAGGGCCGUUUGAGCGAAGCGCAGGCCAAGGAAUUUUGGGCCAGAAAGAGGGAGGAUGGGCAGUAUAUCGCUGAAACAUGGUGA